CUUAAGGCAGAACUACCGCGUCUGCAGUGCAAAAUGAUUAGUAUGAUGAUUAUAACUUCAAGGAAAUUAUACAGUUAUGAUCAUAAAUGUUCUUCCUUGAGCUGCGUCCCCCUGCUGCAGUCGAUGGACUUGCCCGGAGGUCUCCGUACAAACAAGCAUCUGUUGGAAGAGAGAUGGUGAGUUGUGCUUAGUCUCUUUGCUUAAGAAAGCUAAAACAAUGUUUGGUGGCUAGUACUACGGCUGGGACCCUAUAUGUACUGUUGAUGAAGUUAGGUGCUGUUCUCAGCAUUAUUUGUGGCUGUAGAGUGGCGUUUUGGUUGAGCGCGUGGCUCUCUGUAUUGCAAUCUGCAGUCAUUGUUGAUAAAACUACAGAAGCAAGCAGUCGGCAUCAUUCAUCUCUCCGGGGGUGUCUAACUCAGUGUUAUGGUGUGUUUGACCCUAAAUUAUUUUACGCCAGAAUAUCCCUUUAAGACCACACCCUUUGAAGCAGGCUCCAAAAUUGUUUACUUCUGCAGUAAAAUGGCCGAAUUAGGAUUCCUGAACAUUGAAACAGGGGUCAACUAGACACUUCGAAUACUGCAGUUUUGUUGCAAUUCCAAGACCACUAGAUUGGACUGGAAAAUGAUUAUUCCUAUCAAGGAGCAAUUUGGUUUGAAACAGAAGCCCUACUAAGUAUUAUAACACCACACUUGUAACACAGAUUUAGUCAGUUUGUUAAUUCAUCUAAUCACAUACCACAGUUUUGUUUGUUCAGUUCAACAUUGUGCUUCUGUCUGAAUUACAUGGUCAUAAUGGCAGCGGUGGGAUUCGAACCCACGCCUCCAGAGAGACUAGAGCCUAAAUCUAGCGCCUUAGACCGCUCGGCCACGCUACCGUUGACAACGUAACACCAUCCUCAGGUAUCCCAAUCUUUACUCACCUGUAGUCGUUCCCCUCCAUUUAUGGUUGUGUCCAGCUCGACACAUCUCAAUCUCUGCUCAUACAGAUCUUUAAACUCCUUCACAAGAUGUUUCAAGCUGUUUGUCCCCGAACUUAAACCUACAGUGUCAGUUUCCAGCUCCUCUUCUUCUGGAGGAGAGGGCAGCUUCAAAGUAUCUGGUCCAGAGAGCCUGGAGUCGUCCCUACAUUCUGGUUCACAUAUCUUUCUCCUAACUUGUGUGCUAGUGUUAAGCAUUGCUCGAAUAAUAUCUGCAGGUGAAGGAGCUCGCACUCAAAAUCACGGUUUUUCACUCUGGUUAAAUAUUUGCUAAGCCUUGAAGCUCACGGAGGGCUAUAAGACACGUGUAGAGGAGGCAAUGAACCACUAAUGUGUUGUUUUAUCAGUGCAUGAGAGCGAAAGCUGUGCUGCUUUGUGUUAAUUACCACCUAUUGGUCGCUAUGUACUGUUACCACAACGGAGGAGAGUGAAUACAUUCAUUUCCCCACACAGACCGACGCUUCCCCCUGCAGUUUGCCGCUGUCUUGGCGCUCUGUGAUCUGAUUGGCUCCUUUUGACUUUUGCCUGCGUCAUAGUGUCGUUCUCAGACACCAUUCGUUGCUCUUUCUCGUGGGGGGCGGGGUUGAAUUUAACUACCCGGAAGUUCUGUGUUGUUUUCGUCGCAACAGGGGAGACUGAAGCACGUUGAAGUCACCUUCCCCUUGAGAAGAAAUGGGUAAAUAUGCCUUCUUUAUGGUAUCAAGCGGACAUUUGAGUUAACAUCUCUUCUUUUAAGCCCCUGUCGCGAUACCAAUGCCUCUAUUAUACGGUGUAAAGACUCUGCUUUAGUGAUAUUUGCUCUUAAGUCUGUAUUUGCCUUUAAAAUUCAAUCAAUUACAGAUAUGCACACUCAAUUCAGAUCAAAUUAUCAACUAUUUGGAAUUAGUUUUCAGUAAAAAGUAUCCAUAGGUGUUUCUAUCUUGUGCAACUUUUGAUUUUAACCUUGUGAGACUGUAUCCCCUCAAGAGUAUGUUAUACUGCUUCACACAUAAUUCCAUUAUUCCCCUAAAUAAUCAGUGCCAGAGAUCAAAACCUUCCACAUUGAGAUUCAAGGCAAAGUUGAUCUUAUUGAUUUUCAAGAGACUACUCACUUCAUUUCUCUCAUCCCAAUCAUCACUGCUCUGCUCUUAUCUGUCUCUUGGUUAUAUCUCUCCUUUCCAGUGGCUUUGACUGCACUGCUCUCACACACACUCUGCCCAAAACCUAAUCCCUGCUGUGAUUAUCACAUAAUGCUCCUACCUUAUUAUCAAAAUGGAGCAGAUUUGGGUUUUGUUGUUGUUAAAGACUGACGGGCACGAGCGAAAAAAAUUAAGAGACAAUGUCAUUAUGAGGAGAAAGUGGAGCGGCUGAUUGCAUGAGAUUGAAGUAUAGGCGCAUGUCUCUAGAGCUGAACACUUAGUGUAAUGAGUGUGUUUUUAAGGGAGUCACUGAAGUUAAAUUGGGCUGUGAUCUCACUCAGGGGUCAGAGGGUUAUACAGUUUCCAGAUGAAAGGAGGUGAUAAAAGGAAGAAGGGUUAUCUCAGCUCUUAUUUGGAAAGAAUCUUGACGUAAUGGAUUCACUUUACAGUUCUGAUCAUUCAAAGGAGGAAAAUACAUUAGACUUUUUAUACGGUGUGCCAUAUUCUUCGAAGAAAAGGGCGAAAAGUCUUUCCAAAAACACAAAUCAUGAAACAUUUUACUCAGAAAAUAAAUCAGUGUUCAUUAGUGUUCAACUUUUUUGUUAUUUGGGUGCAUCUCUAGAGGGAUAACUCUUCAUAGACUGAAAUGGCCUGACAUUAAAACUGUAGCUUUAUUCAUGUAUGCACAAAACUUCUUAGGUGAGCUACAUGUUGGAGCCCAAACAGCCAAAAUUUUUAUCAAAACUGUUACUUGAAAUAUUUAUGCCAAAGGGUGAGAAACUUUAUGAUGACAAUUCACAACAAACAAGUUGGCAGGGAUGCACUUGCUGGUAAGUAGUCCUCUCACUAGUCUGUUCUUACCCACUCAACUGUGCUUUAAAUAGGACCAGGCGAUAUGGGAAAAGGUUUAUCACAAUAUAUUUUUUCAUAUCAGUCGAUAUCGAUAUAUAUCACGAUAUAAAAAUUGAAAUCUAACAGUUCUUAUUGGUAGCAUGUCUUUUGCAAUACAAUAAGCUACUGCAUCUGUGAGGUCUUUGUGUGUCUUUGGCAUUUUGUCAUAAGGCGUUGCGCUAGAGAAAGUGGACUGAAUGGUGCUCUGCCGCGUGGCACCGCUUCAGCUGGUGAAAAAGAUUUGAGGAAUUCCCUGACUUUACAAGAACAUGUACUCGACAUAAUUUGCAGUGCACGUUACUCUGCUUUAUGUCCAACUUCAAAAAACCAAAAUACCGCCACAUCAACGUUUUCAUGCCAGUGUUGUCGACAAUCUGUUGAGCCUUCAUCUUCAUCACGUGUUAAAGUGCUAUUUGCGUGUAGCUGCAGCCUACUACUAUGCAGUUGUUUGCUACUUGGUUCUAAUUCAGCAUGACUGGUUCAGCACAAAGCAGAUCCGGAGCAACUCCCCUUGUCAUUGGCUAUUCGUAUAGUCUACCAAAACAUGGCAGAAUGGCAACUAGCGAAAAGCAUAUUGACCAUGUUUUAUAUUGAUAUUGAGGGAAAUUAAUUUUUGAUUUAUAUGGUUAUAGUUUUAUCGCCCAGCCCUGGCUAUAUAAUAAUAUUAGAUGUAGCAUCAAUACAAAUGCAAAAGAAAAAAAAAAACCUUGGAUAUCUUGUAAACAUAAUCACAGUGACUACCACGUCCUCUCUUGCCAAGGUGAAAGGUCAUGCUCUGUGGGACAAAACUUCAGGUAUGCUAAUAUUUUCCAUUUUUUCUCCCUGUUCUAGCUGUGAUGUCCACAUGCAAUGAUUUUGCAGGAAAACAAGAUAUUUCCACUCCAUUUACAAAUCCCCUCUUUCAAACACAAAUAAGCCAUUGCCGUAAUUUAAAAACAGACAGAGUGUUUUCUCCUCCACUAUGCGUGUGAUGCAGAGAAGCUAAGAAAUGUUUCCUCAAGGUUCAGCUCCACUGCUCUCUCAGUGACUCCAAAGAAAAGACACAACUUCCGUCCUCUUAUUUAUUAGCUGUUCCACUUUUUCCUCCACUUUCAUUGUGCCUCUCUGCCCUCUAAAUGUUUCAUUACAUUUUAAGUUGUUAUUUUGCAAACCUCUGUACUUAUUACUUAUACGGCCUUAGCAUACUCAACCUUCAUACUCAUGAAAUCAAUUAAUUCUCUUAAAUAAUUUACCUUCAGAGCAAACCAGAUUAAGUGGAGCACUUUUUUUUCUGUGUGUCAGACGUGGUGUUCUAACUGAUGUGUGUUUUUUUGUGUGUUCAGGCAUUAACUCGGCCCUCACCCCGUGGCUCGGAGGAGUCUUGGGUGAUUAGAGAAAGAGGAGAGCCUUGAUAAAGCAUUAGUGUGUGACGCAUACACGCACAGCCUGAAGACCCCUCUGUGCAUUUGCACACAUUCAUUUUUCAUGAAACAGACUCAUAACAAUUAGUCUGGUUACCGCCUGGGUAAUCUUAGCGUCCCCGUAAUGCCUGUGGUCUGCUGUAUGACAUCACUCUCUUAAAAGUUCUAAAUCUGACAUUCUCAUCCGUUUUCAAAGCCAGGACAUUAGCAGGCCAUGGCUAAUAGGCCUGCACUCGUUCCUGGCGAAAGAAGGGCAAUAAAGUAAAGGAGGGGAGAGAAAGAGAGAGAAAAAAACGGCUGGAGUGCUUAGAGAAAUAGGUUUUAUUCACCAGUGCUUUUACUCAAAUUAAUUUACAUGAGCGAGAGAAGAAGAUGUAAAGUUGUAAUCCAGCAUGCUUUGCCAAUGCAUAGCCUAUUUCUCGCUACAAGCAUCAUAGAAAGCCAAGUGAACAUUUAUGCAUUAUUUCAGCAAAUAUAUUAUGCUAACAACCAUAGCUAAGUGCUCAGGAAUUUGAGCACUACGCCGCGCCAAGAGCUAAAUCGAGACUUUUGGAUGCACACUUCUCCCCCCCCCUCGUCUGUAAUGAUAGCCCUGCUAGCGGCUUCAGAGCACUUGUCCGCCGAGGAAAAAGCAGAAUGCAACCCCCAGGGAUAUUCCACCUUCCCAGCAUCCCUCAGUCUUUAGUCCCCUGCCCUCAACACUAUCAUCCCCCUCCCUAGACACCAAAGCCAAGGUCAAGAAGAAAGUGCAGCCUUCCCCUGACUACAGGCUAUUCCCUGGAUGCUUCCACCUUAGCACGGCCGAUCCGCACAUGCUUCUGGUACAUUCCCGCCUCCUUUAUUGUGACCGUCAGUCUCAAGGUCAGCUCCAUGGGAUAGGUUUGCGCUUAUCUGUUUUCCCCUUCCUUCUUUUUUUUCCCCCAGUUUUUUUCCUGUACUGUAUCACUAGACAGUAGCUCAGAGCUCCCAGUUGUGGGUUUCAUGACGUGCUGUCUGACGCGCCUGUCUUUUUUUGUCUGUCUCUUUGUCUAUCCAUCUUUCUGUUUGUUAGCUGUCAUUGCGGACCGUUGUCUAGUAUUCAGAGGACCCGGUGCAGCUGCAAGGCUUCAGUCUGACGCUCUGUACGCUUUUGUUGCCUCCCUCCUCUCACUGGUCAUGGCCCCCUUUGCCUUGAAGCUAUGUUGCAGUGUGUACCCUGUUAGAUUGGAUAUUGUUGUUGUUGUCUUUAAGCUAUGGCAGCCAGCCUUGAGUCAGUGCACUAUCUUUAUCUGAACAAGAUGCAUAGGCUCAGGGAACAAGAGGAGAGAGAAAAAGUCUCAUCUGACCUGAAUCAAAAUACCCUUUAAUAUUCCCAGGAAGAUGUAUUGUGAUAAAAAAAAAAAAAAGGGAGACUUUUGAGGUGAUUGUUGAUUUUUAGAGGACUCCUUUAACCUGCUUUCUGGCUCUGUUGGUUUUCAGCCACCAGCACUUCAUAAGAGGGCAUUUCAUCUCUGUGUAAGUUGGUAGGUUGACCCUUUAGAGAAUCAUCAAGUCAAUAAUUAUCAUCUGGUUUGUGUGUAUGAAUACAUUGGAGAAAAAAAAAAUCUGUCCUCGAGUAUGUGUGUGUACAUCCUGAGUGCAAACGCUGUAGUGUCUGUCCUCUAACACACCGUGCCAGUACUCUGUAAACACUGUCAUUGACUGUGACUUUUGACUAUUACAUAAGGAACAUGGAUUUCCAGCUGUCCACAGCAAAAGCCCUGUAAAUUCAAAUGCUUAAUUUUUAUAGGCAGGCCGGCAUUGACUGAAGUGUCUGCUUGUUAUAUAUUUGGCAAGUGCUGCAAGUCUGAAGGGAAGCUGUCAAUAGCAAUCCCAGCUAUUGAUAUGGCAGUGGGCAGGAGAUGUUACUUGGCCCCCGACUCCGGCAUCCCUCUGAUCCCUCUACAUCAUAAUUACAUUAAUAUUGACAGACCCUUGACAAUAGUCACAUUACUAUUGAUAGGUGGCUGUCAAUACCGUGUUUCCCCAAAUAAAACAUAUUCAUUCAUAACUUGUAAACUGCUCGAUAAAAGGCUUUGAAAAGAAUAUUGGACCCGGCCGGGUUUACUCUCCCGAGAGGGCUGCUGCUGCCGCUGCUGCUGCUGUGACGGGGAUUUCCACCACCUGGCUGUGCGUGUGUGUAUGUGUGUGAUAGAUUAAUUUAACUCUGUAUUUGAGCUCUGCAUAGAUCAAGGCUACCCUUGACAUAAAUACAUAGUCGCACACACACACACACACACACUCACACUCGCAAGGCACAUAAUCUGCACAUUUUCUCCCAUCAAGGAAAAAACUUUCAGAUUAAGCUAAACAAAUGGCGCCUGUUUAUUGGUCCCCAUACACAUUCAGCCCGCGUCUUUUUUUAUUUAAUCCAAACUCUACUUCCAUCACAGGCGAGGUUGUAGUCGCUAAACAUGGCAGCAUUUCAAAUGCACCUCAAUGAAUUUGUCACACCUGCUUACUUCAGCGUGAAUUCACUCUUUUUUCAUUCAUUUGCUAAUUCUAACUUAGUUGGACGGUGUAUCCUGGCUCUAUUGAAACAUCAUGAAUACACAGAUGGUCCUGUGCGCCACAAUAAACCCCUGCAUUGCCACAGCAUAUUAGAAUGUUUUUUUCAUACCUCCUGGAGAAACGUAUAAAGUGACCAUCAUCUCUCUCUCUUUCUGUCAAAACUGCCAUAUUUACCCGGCUGAAAUCUCUUUUAAAGCCUCGUGACAAAUCCUGUUCAGCGAGACACAAAAGCCACUGUCAAAAAAAGGCCUCUCUGUCUCUCUCUCUCUCUCUAGCUCUCGCUCUCUGGGCCCCUUGCUCUGUCUCUCCCUGCGUUAGUUAGUCUCCCACUUCUUAAGCGUUUCAUUUGAGGAAAGGGCAGAUAAAACUGGGGAAACUGUGGCACUUUGGGAAACGUAUGCGGCGCUAAAUAGCCCAGACGUCACAAUGGCGAGAUCCCAUAUGGAGUCGACUCUAGGGGGGAGGCAAAUUGUUCCACAUUUGGCAGAUGUUUACGGUGUACCAGAGACUGUGCCGUUAGCCUAAUCCCUGGUGAUGUGAUUUGUACACACACCCCUAUCUCCAGAGGGUGCAGGCACCAGGAGCCCCUGGGCCUCGCCUCUUGUGUAUAUGUGUGUGUGUCUGUGUGUGUGCCAGGUUGUGUGUUUAUACACUGGAGAGAGCAGUCUAAGACCCCCUGCUCCUCUGCAUUGCGCCCGCUCAAAGGUUGCAUUAAGGACGGGUUUUACAUGUGAAAAGUGAUUUCCGUUCCCGUGUAUAAAGAAAAAAUAACCUUCCUAACAGGAUGGGCCUCACCUUCAGGGCCUCAUUUCCUCUCAACUACUGAGUUGUCCUCCAGUGGCUUUGCCUCCAUAUGAAUUUUGUUCUUUAUGACUUUAAUACAACAACUAUGGAGUUUUAUAAAUGUUAUGAAGUUUUUGAAUAUUUAGGUUAUUUGACUUUUAUUUACUCCAUGUUUGGGGUGAAUUCAGGGAUUUUAUUUACAACCUGGAAUUUGUUUGUUGCGGUUUUGGCAAUCAUUUAGUUCAUUUUAAAAUCCAUUUCAAAUUAUAAGGCAUUUUACCAAGAAAGAAAGUAAUGUAUGUAAAAUAAAGAGCUGUCAAAUGACAUUUUUUUUAGUAGUCUAUCACAACAACUAGUAAUCACUUAUAUUAUUGCUUGUUUUAAAGCUCCUGUGAGGAGUUUUUUGAUGUUUAAGAAAUAGACUGAAAUUGACUGAUGCCUUCUCAUGAUAUUAAAAAAAAACAAGAACAUUAGCUGCAAUAUUAACGUGUCCAUAUUCUUAAUCUAAAUGCCUGAAACCAGCGUGAGGGGUAGGUGUCAGCGCAGCAGUGGGAGAAUCUGCCCUUUUAGGUUUUCUACAUUAAAAAAAUCACAAUGAAUAUAUUAUUUGACUGUCAGAAAUCAGUGGGAUAAGAUUUUUUGGUCACUACUCAACUAUGUAAAGAACAAGAUAAGCAAAGACUACUUUGUCGACAGAAGGCACCAACAUUGACACAAACAAAAAGUUCCUUACAGUAGCUUUAAACUUCAUUAUUUAGUAUUUUUCAUGCAGAGGUCUAUGGCUAUUCACUCUACAAAAACAGGUCUCUGUCGGCUUUUGUGAUGCAGGUGCAUGCUGACGUCAGUCAAAGGACUUCAGCGCCGACACAAACAGCAUAUUAAUUUUGACUUUUCAACUGAGCCCUUGGGAUUUUUGUGAUUGAAAUGUGCCAUCUGCAACCCGUUUGUUGUUUUGCAUCCAAUCAAUGGAAGUGGUUGAAACUACAGUGUGCUUUCAGCGCCAAGUUUAAUAACAACUACAUUCAUUUUGGAUUAACAUGUUGACACUGAAAACCCUCAUUAUGAAAUCCAGAAAUAAUGUCCGCAGCGAAGCAGAAAUAACAUCUAGGCCUUGAAAAGUCUCAUCAUGAUAGAAUAAAUUAAUAAAAACUCCACUUGUAAUGUAUCGUUCAAAACCAGAGCUAAAAUAAGCAGUACACAUGAAGACAGUAAAAGAAAGAGAAAGGGUUAAAAUAAAAACAAAGCAGGCAAAAUACUUUUAUAAUAAAGCUCCUGUGAGGUGUUUUUAAUAGAUUAUAAAAUAGAUUUAAGUUAAAACGCAUUUUUUCAUGGCCUAUAAAAGCAAACCAGAGCAUUAGAAUGAAAUCUAACGACUUAUGUAAUUUUCAGUGCUUGAAACCUCUGGUGUGGAGGGUAGGUGUCAGGCAAAGAGAUGAGCAGAAUGCUGCCAAACAGCCUUUUUGGAACAUUAUCUACAGCUAAGAUUCUCACUGAAUGAUUCAUUUGAUUGUUGCAGAGAGCAAGGUGAAACUUUUUAUCAGAGGAGACUACUUACACAUGAUUAGGGUAAAAUCAGAAAGAAGGAUGGGAUGUACUGCUUGUCUACAGUGAGCAACAGAAUCAAAACAAACCAAAGUUCCUUAUUGGAGCUUCAAGAUAACAUAAAAUCCACAGUCAAAGUUUUUAGUUUUGAUGUAAAGAGGACCUUGACUUAGAAAAUCUGAGAUCCAUCAGCAAGGGAUUCACAGUUUAGGGGCUCGGCCAAGGCCUGAUCAUCUUAAGCCACCAGGAAAAUUGCUAGUUCACGCUGAAAAAUCCUUAAAAACAUGAUUCAUUUAUAUUUAUCUGUUUUUAAAUUUUUCCCAGCAGGUAUGGAAGCCGAGGACAACCGAAAAAAGACCGAUGCACCACCAGAUGUUGACCCUCAGACCCCGGUUCUGCGCAUCAGUCAGCUAGAUGCCCUUGAGCUAGACACAUCCCUGGAGCAGCUGCUGUGGACCCAGUUCUCCCAGUGUUUCCAGAACUGCCGCCCAGGCCUCCUCACCCCUCUGGAGCCCGAGUUGAAGGCUCUGCUGCAGCUGCUCCUCUGGAGGUUCACCCUGUAUUCCAACAGCGCCACCGUGGGCCAGUCUUUACUGAGCCUACGCUACCACAAUGUCCUCUCCACCUCUCCUCGUUACAGACCUCUGACCCGCAGGCAGAAACUGGGCCUGGCCUUGCUCACUGCAGGUCCCCGCUGGCUCCAGGAACGCUCCCACAGCUUGCUGCUGUGUUUGGGUUCAAAUUCAGGAGCGUCUGAUGGAGACAGGGGCGUUCUCCAAAAAUCUCUACGCAACUGCCUGAUCUUUGUUUCUGGUAUCACACAGCUCGCAGGUCUCCUUAACUUCCUUGUGUUUCUAGGGAAAGGUCGCCAUCCUGUCCUAGCUGAGAGGAUUGUUGGGGCUCGGGCAGUUUUCAGCAAACCUAACGUAACACGGGACAUUACCUACCAGUACAUGAAUCGAGAGCUGCUGUGGCACGGCUUUGCAGAGUUCCUCAUCUUCCUGCUACCGCUCAUCAAUACGAGAAAACUGAAGACGAUCUUAUCUUCGAUAGUUUUCGGGGGAGAAAGCGCUGCCGGAAACGGAGCGGCGGAAGGGUCGGGAGUGUGGAAAGAGUGUGGACUUUGCGGAGAGUGGCCGACCAUGCCUCACACAGUGGGCUGCCAACAUGUUUUCUGCUACUACUGCAUCAAGAGCCACAGCAUUGCAGACGUGUCUCUCACCUGUCCAAAAUGUGGAGCAGAGGCAGGACCGCCUGAACCGGUUAAGAUGGAGGUGGAGAUGAUGGGCAGGUGAAAGCAUGAACAAGAGACUAUGACUAAAAUCAUUAAAUUUGCCUUAUUUUGUCAGAAAAACUAGCUAAUUUAUAACAAGAUAUUUGGUAAAGACAAAUUUGAAUAAAAACAAUCAUGUAUCAGGACAGUAAGUGUUUCUGUUCUACAAGAAUUCAGCUCUUUUGAUGGUUGAGUUUAUGACUCCAGUCUUUAUGAUCUCAGUGUCUUUUCUGAACACACAUCGACCUGCUGUGUUUAAUGUAUGUGUGCAUAUAUUGACAGUCCUCGGCCCCAUCCGUUCCUCCAGCUGGACUUUGGACAGAACUAUUUGUCUUUGCUGCACUGGACAGACUGCAGAGAACCACACAGAGCAUAUAUUUGAUGAGGGAACGUGUUGAUUUAUGCUCCAAAUUGGCUGAGCACAUGUGUGUGUGCGUUAGUGUAUGUGUGUGUUUGUUGAAAUGGGAAUAUUUGUUCUGAUGAAAAAUGCAGAAAGUCAGCUGAAUAAAUAAUGGGAGGAAUUUCUGAUGCCUCUCAUCAUGGCCAAAUUAGCAUUUGUUGUGUAUUUUGUGCCUAAAUUGUAUUUCAACAUCAUUAAAAUUGAUAGAGUGCUACCUCUUGGGUGUUUACUUAGUUAAGUGGAGGAGAGAGAGAUGAGGGAAAGUUAUAACAAUCAGCACACUUCUCUCGAGACAGGCCCGGUCGUUCUAACUCCCAUUAUCCGUUUUCACAGCACCCCAACAUGCUGAAGAUCAAGGGGGCAGCCGGGGGCUUGGAUUGACUCUCACACAUACACACUCUUGACAGCCAGCCUCUCUUUUCCCUUGGCCUUUCUCUCUUUUGCAGCCUUUCCAUCUCUCUCCCUCUGUAAUCUCCAGGGCCCUCGCCCCUAUAAGACUGUAGUAAACUGUACCAAAACCCUGGCAGUCGUCUCCUUCCUCGCAGGCGAAUUACUCUCUAAUCCCUGUAAUGAGUCCAAAGAUGCUUAUUUAUGCUGGAGUUAACCUCCACCAGUGAGCCCAGCCCCGGGCCAAACGCACCCCAGCUGAGUGAAGCCUUUCCUGGGCUGACAAGAGAGGAGCGGGGUGGGGUUGGUGGGCUACCUCCCACCUCUCCCCCUCUUCCUCCCCCUUCUACUGCUCUGAUCACUAGGGCUUAAUUGCUGAUUGCAGAGACGAUCAAUCGGAACUGCAGGCGUGAUAGAAAGCCUAUUGCGGGGAGUCGGUCUCAGAUCUAGCGGCACAGAAAGACGCGUACACACAUUUGCACUCGAAUGAGGUUAAUGUUUCUGUUGAGCGGAAAGCAUGUGAUAUUUGUCCUCGUGAGGUGUCAAGAAUUUUAGGUUGGUGGGCCGGCUUUGCUGAUCUUAUAUAAUUUAAUGCCACUGACCAAUGUGAUCUCUAUUUCUCCUCGAAAUACUGGAGUAUAUAUGCGCUGGGGUGUAUGUCCUUGGUAGUCAUGUGAGGCCAAAAUUAAUUAAAGAGGUUUAAAGCAUAUAUGAAAGUACCGAAAAUGGACAUCUUGAGGUGGGAGUUACAGUCCUAGAUGAUGAUUGGUCCUGACGUUGUAAAAAACAUAGAGCUCAUCGUGUGGAUACUCGGCGGCCUUCAUCCACAUCAAGGACAUUUUGACUAAUGAGUCCUACAGCAAUGCAUACAAAGCCCGAGAUACGGAAAGGCAUUUGUCAAUAUUUUAUGCGCUGCAUUACAGUAAUGUGCAGCAAAUCCCAAGAAAGCGAGAUUAAGGGGGAUGUCUGAGAUUAGGGAUGCAUGCGAUCAACUGUAAUGCCACAGGGACAUGUCAUUGUCUUAACAUUUAGACAGACUUACAAUCCAAACCUUUUUGCAGAUAUUACUCUACAACUCCAGCUGAAGUCCCCAAUCCCCCAGAAAGAGAAAAGAUAAAGAAGAAACAGUGCAUUAAAGUCUAUUAAUUGAGUUAGGCCCUGGAUUGAAUUAGUUGGAAGUUGGAACAGGGCUCUGGACUUAAGGAAGGUAGCUGGGGCUCUGUUAAGCCUAUCUGUCUUUGGAUCUUUUCUAAUUCACAGGCUCCGUGCGGAGAAGAAAAAGAGGAAGAAGCCCCGAUUCCCAGCGGCUAUGCAAAGCAAUCUGCACAUUCACACGCAGCCAUUUAGGGAGCAAAUUGGCCCUGUGCCCCCUCUGACGAAGGUUUUAAGAGAAAGGGAAUUAGGGCGUUGAAUCCCUAACUAGAUCUCCUUCUUUGAUGAGCCUCUUUAUCCGCCUGUCCCUCAUCUCCAUUUCUUUGAUGUUAGGCGUUGAUUUUCCUGAUUAAAUAGUUUUUAAAGUAAAAAGCUCUUCUCUGGGCUCUGUAAUACCCGGUACUUUACUGUACCUAUUGUAGGUUCGUUUGUGUGCAUGCUUGUUGAACGGUCCAUCUGUGGUAUUCUUUAAUUGGAACAGAGCCCUUGGCUUGCAGAUAAUAAAAAAGGAUAGUACAAUAGCUUUGAUUCGUACCUGCAUAUUUUUCUCUUAGAAAGAAUGUUAUCAUUUAAGCUUAUGCCUGGCUUUUACCUCUUCAUUUGAAAUGGCUAGAAGGUCUCAGAAAGCCCUAAUGAAAUUAAAAGAGUGAAAACACCUGUGCUUUCUCUCUUCAAGAAAAUUCCCCCUCUCAUCUCCUCUGCUCAGGGUGUAAGCUUUUGCCUACUUUUCAACAGGUAAGGGAAUUACGACCCUCUUGUGAUGGGGAGAUGUUUUUAACAACACUUUCAAAGAGUGGAUGACAUUAGUUCCAUGCCAAGAAAAAGGAUGAAACAAAAAAAUGCUCCCUUUAUUUGUUGACACCUCAGAGGAUUUCUGACACCUGUUUAUUUUUUCUUCUUGUGGCAUGUCCAAUAUGUCAAUCGGAGUUACAAGUAUCUCUCAUAUUUCAUCUACUCAAUAAAAGACAUGCCAAACAUAAAACAGCAAAAUUCCUCCAAGGUAGUGAAAUCCUAGGUGUGUGCAAGUUCAGGGCUGCAGCCGCUGCAGGUACCUGCGUUAUGAGAGUUCUUUCAACACCUGCCGGGCGUUUGAUACCAUCGGGCCCAAUUAUCUAAGUCUGCCUCCUCUUCUUAACCACCUCUUCAGUCUAACAGGUCAGGGGGACAAUCAAUCACACCUAAAAUAAGGAAGUAAUUUCCUCAGCUUUUAUCAUGGUGUUGAGGUGUUGUCUGGUUGCAUUUCACACUCAGAGAAAGACGGAGCGGGAGCUGGUUAGGGAAUAUAUAGAAUCUGGCCUUUCCGUUUUUAUUCUUAAGACCCAGGAUAAUUUGGGAUCUAUAUAGGAUCCAUAUGUUCACUUCAAUAUGCGUAGUUCUGGAGAGCAAAGACAGAGAUCAAGAAAAUAGACAAAAGAGGCGUGUAUUUGAGAAUACAAGUCGAUAAGGGUUAUGCUUCUGUAUAACUUAAAAAAAACUUAAAAUGUAGGCUGUAUCCUCCUACUCCAUAUCAGAAAAAGAGAAAUCUCUGACAGCGUGCGUGCAGCCUGGAUUCAGACAAACUCAAUAUUGUAUUUUUUGUUAUACUUUAUUUUUACUCCUCUAAAAACUCAGGGAUGUGCAAAACUAAACGGUGAUCAACUGGUGUGCUCACAUAAAUAUGCAAUACUUAAUCCACCUUUAAGAUAUUCAGAAAUCUGUUUUUAUUAUUGCAACUUUCUAUUUAUCAUUACACUUGCUGAUCCACCAGGGAUCACUUUCUCUGCCCUGAAGAACUCUGAGUCAGGAAUUUUAUACUUCAUUAAAUAAAAACACUAAACAGACUUUAUCUCCAACUUAUUUAAUAUUUCACAUCCUCUGACUCAAACACGGGGCUAAAAGGAUGGAAGCAAACUUUACCUGACCUGUCCUCUGAUUGGAUGAGCUGGGACAAGAGUAGCAAGGGGAUUGGACAAACGACCAGAGGGCAUCAUGGGGGAUUAUACACAGGUGUGUUGUGGUGCGCCUAGGGUAAGAUCUGCCAAAGCCAAGCUUGUUUGUGUGCCUGUUUGUGUGUGUGUGCAUCCUGCAGUCUGUGCGUGUGUUUAGCCAUCUCAGUCCUCUUCCUACUGAUGUCUCGAGCAGACUAAAUGAGCAAUAAUCUGCACACAUCCCUCCAGAUGUCCCAGUGAAUUUCCUGUGGCUUAAGGCGCCAGCUGAGCUCUUUGAAAGUUUUGAUAACUUCUGCAAAUGUGAUUGAACCUCUGCUUGUUCAGGAAUGUGGUGCAGGACACAAUGUGCUUACUCUCAUUUCCCCUCACAUAGAUGAAAAAGGAGGCAUGCGCUCGGCCCCCGAACAAAUACACCUAUUGGCACAAUAAAGUCAUGUGCACCUUUUAAAGCCACUGGAAGACCACAUCCUCAAAAGCCUUUGAGCUAGCGAAUUUCAGCUCCUUAGAGGCAUAACAGUAACAAUUUAAGGAUAAAAAAUAUAUGAAUUGAUCUAGAAAUAUUGUCAUUUCAAGACAGUUUUGGAAACUGCCUUGAAAUUAGGUUUUAGUUGGGCCUGGUUGUCCUUGAUAACUUGUAACAAAGGUUUUGGAUUAAAAAAUUAGACUGCAAAAUUGAGGAUGAGCAAGAGUCAUCCACACCUGAUAAUUGUUUUCUGUUCUAUGUGAGCUGUGUUGUUGAUUUUUCUAUAAGCAGCAAACACCAGUGUCGGAAAUAAAGCCAGUGUGGAACCCUGCAGUUCCUCGACUGUCCACUUGAGGCUUGCUCCAAAAGCUUAGGAAUGCCCACUAACAUCCAUGUUAAAAAUCAUUAUGGCAGAAAUGAUCAUGUUUACAGCACAUUUCUCUGUUUGCACACAUACAGUACAGGUGAAAUUUCAAUCAACUCAUCAGUUUUAAAGAUUAAAAAAAAAAGUGGCAUAUUUUUGCAUGAGAAAGCAUAACUGAGGGCAUCCCUGACUUGACUGACAGGUGCUGCAGAGCUGUCAACAAAUAUUCUAAAUUUGAAUAUAUAUUCAAGUCUUUAAAUUUUAAAUAUUAGAUUUGAAUGUGAAAAUCAAUAUUCCAAUAUUGCCUGAACCGCAGGAAAAAAACGAGUGGGGAAAAAAACAAAAAGUGAGCCCAUCUUGAGGAGCGUGGUCUGGACUCCCACGAACAAAUCCUGGGCAGGCAUGGUAGACGGGAAAAAAUGGUGAGCGAGAUAAAGUUUUAUGCAAGCUGUGUGAGUUAGAUAUCUGAAUAUGUUCAAACCUUUGUGUUAUUUUUAGGACCAAUAUUAUUAGGACGAAUACAUAGCACUGCCGAAUACUACACAGCUAUCAUUGUUACAUUUUGUUGAUAGAUUGAAGAACAAGGAGAAGUGUUUUAGCUUAAAAAAAAAAAAAAAUUAGCAUGUUUAUGUAAUCUGCAAACAAUGCUAUAGAAAGCAAAACCUUUAAUUCACAAUUCAUUGACUAUUUAAAAUGUUUACAUUUCCACAUGGCUGGGCUCUUGCUUUCUUUUCUGACUCUAAAAUAUACAAGUUUAACAUCAAGGAUGGCACCACACAGACUGCCAAAUGUGCUGCUGCUGCAUGCUAAACCAGGGCGAUGCUAAUCAAUACUUGACAUGUCAUGCCUAAAAAUGAUCUCCCAGGCAAAAGGAGCAAUUUUAAAGCUAUGGUGUACAACAGUAAUACAAGAUUCAUCUCCACUCAGAUUUUACAAGAAGCUAAAUGAGACUUUCAACUUGAAUGUAACUUUACAGCUAACAUGUUUGGACUGAGCUGGAGGCUAAGGUGAGGCCUACCAGACCAGGAAGUGCAGCAGUGUGGUACAGUGGUGGCACAUGCUCACACAACAGUUAACAGAGAGCAACAGUACCUUGGAGGAGCAGGCAGGAGACUGGUUGAGGAAGCAGCGGGUCCACAGCCA